CGGCGGAGUUAGAUCAGGACGGAGGCCUAGUGCUUAGUACCCGGAAGAAAAGCCGCCGGAGUAGACAGCGCAAGGCCACCGCGUCCAAGCUCGGAGCAGAAAAAUGGCGGAAAAGGCAGUGACCAUCCGGACACGUAAAUUCAUGACGAAUCGCCUUCUCUCAAGGAAACAAUUCGUCAUCGAUGUUCUCCACCCUGGAAGGGCCAAUGUUUCAAAGGCGGAGCUGAAAGAAAAGCUGGCAAGGAUGUAUGAAGUGAAAGAUUCCAAUGCCAUAUUUGUUUUUAAGUUCAGGACUCACUUUGGAGGAGGUAAAUCAACUGGGUUUGGUCUGAUCUAUGACUCUGUUGAGAAUGCAAAGAAAUACGAGCCCAAGUAUAGGCUCAUCAGAAACGUGCUUUACCAUGGACCGCCCAAGAUGUUUCAGCGGUUUGGAGGAGGUGAGCACGAUUGCUUUACCUUUACUCCGGUGGAGGAAGCACGUCAUCAUUUUACGAAAAUGGACGAGAAGCGAGGGAGCGAUCCGUCUGGAAGGCGUGGGAAGUGGACUGCCCUUGACCCGGUUGAAUCUGGGUCAAGUUCGAAGCGUCGCCGCUGCAGCGGAUUCAAGAAGAAGUUUUUAUCAGAUCCGAUGGUGAAGACACCUUUUCGACAUGAAUCCAACUGUGGAAAAAAGCACGUCAAAGCCAAGAUGUUGGCCAACAAGUUCAGCCUCGGGGGUACUCACGAGCUCCCUGCACGCCUAAGUAAUGAGUACAUGGUUUAUCACACAGCCUUAGCUUCUCACGAGCUCGCCAGAAGAGAUGAUUUCGUGCUGGUGGUGGUGCCAAUGAUGAGGAAGGGUUUCCGCCGCUCUUGCGAUGCCUAUGAAAGCUUUUUGUCGGCCUUUUCCUGCCUUGUUGUCCGUCUUGUUGACUCUCGCCAGCGCGAGUGCACCUACUCGGCACUCGGGUUUAAUGGUGAGAUUAAAGUUUUGAUUCUAGAUCUGGCUCAGAACGUGCUUUACCAUGGACCGCCCAAGAUGUUUCAGCGGUUUGGAGGAGGUGAGCACGAUUGCUUUCCCUCUACUCCGGAGAGACAAGCUGUCUGUUCAAGUCGUGACUCUGUUCUGGAGGGUCGCUCCCUCAAUGAACUUUUGGGCCUUGGCGACAAUGAUGUCCACUGUAGAAGUUUAUGCAAGCUUGUGGAGGUUUACAAGGAAUGUAGACAUCAAGAGUAUGAGCUUGAGAUCGUGGUGGUGUGUUGUCCCUUCUGGGAUCAGGUGCCCCUAAAGAGGGAGGAGAAGCUUGUGAUUGAUGCACUUGCAAGUCGUGGGCUGCUAGGCUGGUGGUUGUUACCCUUCAACAACAUCGUAUGCCAUAGGUUGCAGCGGAUGGGUGAAAAUGGCAUUGGGGAGGAAGGUCUUUUCAUGGUGGACAUGUGAGUUGAGAAGUUUGUGAAUCCCUAUGGAUUUCCAAUCAUCGUUGAGUUUGGAAAGGAUGCAUAUCUCAUCACUAGGAGGGGUUUGGUUGAGAAGGAAUUUCAAAGGAUGAUGGGUCCACCAUGAAGGGAUAUGCGUCCUUUCCAAACUCAACGAUGAUUGGAAAUCUAU